UUAGCUUUCAUCCAUAAGAGAGCUGAACUCCCCUUGUGAUGAUUAAAAAAAACCCCAUUGCUAAUUCUUUCAUCUCUUCGAAAAUAGGUGGGAACUCCAAAGAUGUUUGCUUAUCUCAGUAGAGGGCUGGCAAAAGUUUGAUCUUCAUUGAUUCAAAAGUUCAACAAAAGAUGACUUUUUCUUCAUUCCGACAGCCUUUACAAGUGGAGCAAGUGGCAGCAGGGGUAUUUGGGCCAGCUGUUGAGACCUGGUGAAAGAUCAGGUGCAAUAAUGUUCUGCAGUAAAAAGAAAUCACUUGAAGUGGAACGGAGAGUGAAGGCCAAUGACCGAGAAUAUAAUGAAAAGUUCCAGUACGCGGAUAAUCGUAUCCACACAUCCAAGUACAACAUUCUCACCUUCUUGCCAAUUAAUUUAUUUGAACAGUUCCAAAGAGUGGCAAAUGCCUAUUUCUUUUUCCUUCUGAUUUUACAGCUAAUUCCAGAAAUCUCCUCCUUGACCUGGUUUACCACCAUUGUGCCUUUGGUCCUGGUGAUAACUAUGACAGCUGUCAAAGAUGCCACAGAUGACUUUUUUCGUCACAAGAGUGAUAAUCAAGUGAAUAAUCGGCAGUCUGAAGUGCUCAUCGAUGGCAAGCUGCAGAAUGAAAAAUGGAUGAAUGUCAAAGUGGGAGACAUCAUUAAAUUAGAAAAUAACCAAUUUGUUGCUGCUGAUUUGCUUCUCCUAUCAAGUAGUGAGCCACAUGGUCUCUGUUAUAUUGAAACUGCUGAGCUUGAUGGGGAAACGAACCUUAAAGUCCGCCAUGCACUAUCAGUUACCUCAGAACUUGGAGCAGACAUUAGCAGACUUGCAAGGUUUGAUGGCGUUGUUGUCUGUGAGGCACCUAACAACAAGUUAGAUAAAUUCGUGGGAGUCCUCUCGUGGAAGGACAGCAAGCACCCCCUCAACAAUGAGAAGAUAAUCCUGAGAGGCUGCGUCCUGAGGAACACCAGCUGGUGUUUUGGAAUGGUUAUUUUUGCAGGUCCUGACACUAAACUAAUGCAGAACAGCGGUAAGACAAAGUUUAAAAGGACAAGCAUUGACAGACUGAUGAAUACUCUAGUGUUGUGGAUUUUUGGGUUUCUGGUAUGUUUGGGAAUUAUUCUUGCAAUAGGAAAUUCAAUCUGGGAGAAUAAAGUUGGAGACCAAUUCAGAACUUUCCUCUUUUGGAAUGAAGGAGAGAAGAACUUUGUGUUCUCAGGAUUCUUAACAUUCUGGUCAUAUAUUAUUAUUCUCAAUACAGUUGUACCCAUCUCAUUAUAUGUAAGUGUGGAAGUAAUUCGUCUGGGACACAGCUAUUUUAUAAACUGGGACCGGAAGAUGUAUUGCUCUGGGAAAGCAACACCUGCUGAGGCUCGGACGACCACGCUCAAUGAGGAACUGGGCCAGAUUGAAUACAUUUUCUCUGACAAAACGGGUACCCUAACUCAAAACAUUAUGACUUUUAAAAGAUGUUCCAUUAAUGGGAGAAUCUAUGGUGAGGUACACGAUGACCUGGAUCAGGAGACAGAAAUAACUAAGAAAAAAGAGCCUGUGGCCUUCUCGGUCAAAUCCGAAGCAGAUAGAACAUUUCAGUUCUUUGACCACCAUCUGAUGGAGUCCAUUAAACUGGGUGAUCCCAAAGUGCAUGAGUUCCUUAGGUUACUUGCUCUCUGCCAUACUGUAAUGUCGGAAGAGAAUAGUGCAGGACAGCUGAUUUACCAAGUUCAAUCACCUGAUGAAGGGGCUCUAGUGACUGCUGCUAGAAAUUUCGGGUUCAUUUUUAAGUCUCGGACCCCGGAGACCAUAACAAUAGAAGAAUUGGGAACACUAGUUACUUAUCAAUUGCUUGCCUUUUUGGAUUUCAACAAUAUAAGAAAAAGGAUGUCUGUCAUAGUUCGAAACCCAGAAGGACAGAUCAAGCUUUAUUGCAAAGGAGCAGAUACUAUUCUGUUUGAGAAACUGCAUCCUUCCAAUGGAGACCUUCUGUCUCUGACAUCAGACCAUCUCAGUGAAUUUGCAGGAGAAGGUCUUCGAACCUUGGCUAUCGCAUACAGAGAUCUGGAUGACAAGUACUUUAAAGAGUGGUAUAAAAUGCUUGAAGAUGCAAAUACUGCCACAGACAAGAGGGAUGAACGGAUAGCUGGGCUGUAUGAAGAAAUUGAAAAAGAUUUGAUGCUACUAGGUGCCACUGCUAUAGAAGAUAAGUUGCAAGAGGGUGUUACUGAAACAAUUACAAGUUUAUCACUAGCCAAUAUUAAGAUCUGGGUCCUAACAGGAGACAAACAAGAAACUGCUAUAAACAUUGGUUAUGCCUGCAACAUGCUGACUGAUGACAUGAAUGAUGUGUUCGUAAUAGCAGGCAAUACUGCAGUAGAAGUGAGAGAAGAACUCAGGAAAGCAAAGGAAAUUUUGUUUGGACAAAAUAGAAGUUUUUCCAAUGGCCAUGCAGUUUGUGAAAAAAAGCAGCAGCUGGAGCUGGACUCGGUUGUAGAAGAAACAGUCACAGGAGAUUAUGCCUUAAUCAUAAAUGGCCACAGUUUGGCCCAUGCACUGGAGAGUGAUGUCAAGAAUGAUCUCCUAGAACUCGCCUGCAUGUGUAAGACGGUGAUUUGCUGCAGAGUCACACCACUCCAGAAAGCCCAAGUAGUAGAGCUGGUGAAGAAGCACAGAAAUGCUGUCACUUUGGCCAUUGGUGAUGGAGCCAAUGACGUCAGCAUGAUUAAAAGUGCUCACAUUGGCGUUGGCAUCAGCGGCCAGGAAGGUCUGCAAGCAGUCUUAGCCAGUGACUAUUCAUUUGCACAGUUUAGAUAUCUCCAAAGACUUCUCCUUGUUCAUGGAAGGUGGUCCUAUUUCCGAAUGUGCAAAUUCUUGUGCUAUUUCUUCUAUAAGAAUUUUGCAUUUACACUUGUGCACUUCUGGUUUGGUUUCUUCUGUGGUUUCUCAGCCCAGACUGUUUAUGACCAGUGGUUCAUCACCCUUUUCAACAUUGUUUACACAUCACUACCUGUAUUAGCCAUGGGGAUUUUUGACCAGGAUGUGAGUGACCAGAACAGCAUGGACUGUCCCCAGCUCUAUGAACCUGGACAACUGAAUCUACUUUUUAACAAGCGUAAAUUUUUCAUCUGCAUGUUGCAUGGAAUCUAUACCUCAUUAGCCCUUUUCUUCAUCCCCUUUGGGGCCUUUUACAAUGUGGCUGGAGAAGAUGGGCAACACAUUGCUGACUACCAGUCUUUUGCAGUUACCAUGGCCACAUCUUUGGUCAUUGUGGUCAGUGUGCAGAUAGCCUUGGACACCAGUUACUGGACUGUCAUUAAUCACGUCUUCAUCUGGGGGAGCAUUGCCAUGUAUUUCUCUAUUUUAUUUACAAUGCACAGUAAUGGUAUCUUUGGCAUCUUCCCAAACCAGUUUCCAUUUGUUGGAAAUGCACGGCAUUCCUUGACCCAGAAGUGCAUCUGGCUUGUUAUUCUCUUAACGACAGUGGCUUCGGUUAUGCCAGUGGUGGCAUUCAGAUUUCUGAAGGUGGAUUUAUACCCAACCUUGACCGAUCAGAUCCGCCGAUGGCAGAAGGCUCAAAAGAAGGUAAGACCUCCAAGUAGCCGAAGGCUUCGGACCCGCAGGUCAAGCUCAAGAAGAUCUGGAUAUGCUUUUGCUCACCAAGAGGGCUACGGAGAGCUUAUCACAUCUGGAAAAAAUAUGCGAGCUAAAAAUCCACCCCCAACAUCAGGGUUAGAAAAGACACUUUAUAAUAGCACUAGCUGGAUUGAAAAUUUAUGUAAGAAAACCACAGACACAGUGAGCAGCUUUAGCCAGGAUAAAACAGCGAAACUGUGAGUCAAGAUGAAUUUGAACCGUAUAGUUAUCUUUUCACUUCAGGUGGAGCUGAAAUUCAGCUGGCUCUGGAGUUUGGGAUCUGAGGCUAGAGGCAGGGCAGAUUGCCUCACUUUAUUUAAAUCUGUGCCAGACAGCUGCCAGUGCCCAUCAAGUAGGGGUGUGCUCUACAGGAAACUAAGCCAGAUGGCCACUGUCUAAUUUGUGAUUUGGUGGACAAAGCCCUCACAGUACAAGCACAGGUUUUUUAAAUCAACCUAGAUAUCAAUUGGCCUGAACUUCAGAGUCUUCUUUACGAAGAAAAACUUAUAAAUCUGCAUAUACAUUGAAUGGAUAUCAGGUAGAUAAAAGGGUGCAUUCCAAAGGUAUGCAAGCUGAAAAGCAUGCUUGUUGACAGAUAAACAUGUGUAUGUAAGAGCAGCCUUUCCCUGGCACACUUUCAAGAUUUAAAGUGUGGACUAUGGUACUUUGAGGCUAAGGGUUGUGUGUCACUCUUUAGUCUUGUUGUCUACCUGUCUAUGCAACCAGGACCACAAAUCACUUUCACGCCUGAGGAACAGAAAAGCAUGUUGUGUUCCUCAUUUUCCUACCAGUCUAGGGACAAAGUAGACUGAGCAUCUUUACAGCAGGGUAGGCUGGUAAUUUGGUCAAAUUUAUUCAAAAAGCUCUGACUGUCCCAUGAAAGCACAUGUUCAUGAAAUGUCAAAGGGGCUCUCUACUAAGUAUUCUCAAUACUUUUCAAUGGCUUUUAUAACAACUUCAGUAGUAAUUUGCUGAGCAUCAUCCCGACCAUUAAUGGAAUCAGCGCAUUGAAAUUUCAUACUUUGAUAGUAUUCUAUACAGUCUAUGGGCAAAGACUUUCAACAUUUCCAAUUUUAAAAACUUCAGAAUGGAAACCAAACAAAUUAAUAAACAAUCUUUUAAAUUACUAUUUAAAUACUCAGGUUUAGGCCAUUUAGAGUUAGUUAGCUGCUUUUGAUACUCAGCUGUCAUGUUUACAAUUCAAACAUAUAUGUAGAUGAGGUUGAUUUUUUAGAGAUGUUCCAGCCCAAGUUUUCACUCCACAUGUGAGUCACCAGUGUACUUCCUAUAAAACAAUUUAGGCAGAUUUAUGUUCAAACCCCAGUUCUGUUACUUCUUACCUCUAUAACCCUGGGCAGGUAAUGUGUCUUCUGAGACUCAGUUUCUUCCUCUGUAAAAUGAGGCUAUACUAACUACCUCAUGUGGUUGUUUGAUGAUUGUCAAAACACAGAUUCUCAAAUCAUUAAACACAUUAUUCUCAUAUGAAUAGAUGAGUUAAGUUCCAGUUAAUUCAACCUGAGAAUAAUAGAAGAAUUUAAAGAGGAUGUGAAGAACUAGAAUUUAAGUAAUCAGUGGGGAAGGCUUUGAAGAAAUGAGAUUGCUAAGUAAUAUAUAAAACUGGUUAGUGUCCUAUAAACUUGGAGGUAAAUUUCUCUACUAGAAAGCAAAAAUAAAGUAUCAUGCCUUAAUGGUUUACUACAAAUCAAGCUCCAACUCUACAGAGUCCUUAAUCUGGUCCCUAUUAAAUUAUUGGUCAAAGUUACAUUUCCCAAGAGAAUCAGAUGACCCUUGAGUGGGCUUGAUGCAUAUUGGGUGAUGUGACAUUUAUAGGUCACAAUGUUUUUUUUUUUCCUUUGCCUUAAUUUCCAAGUCUGGAUAAUUUUUCCUAAGUGGGAUCAAAUGAGAAAAUGUGUGUAAAGUACAGUGCUUUAACCAUAAUAACUGCUUAUAGAUGUUCCUUUUUCCCCUACACAGCUGCCUAGACUUACCCAGAUGUUAGUUUUCAAUGUCUAAUUUGUCAUUAGUUUCACUUUGUUUGCUCAGUUUUUGUAACAUUUUUGAAAGAUUUGAAAACUUUCAGUAAAUGUUUUGGCACUAUUA